UUUCCUGUAUACUGAGUGUGCUACAGACUUUUACCAUAUAGGGCUGUGGAACGACAGUGGCAGAUAAAGGAAGGAGAAAGAAGCUUUCGACGAGAAAAAGAGAAACCUCAUGCCUCAACUUGCAGAUUGGAGGUGCCACAGACAGUGACUAUGGGUGAUGGGGAACACCGACAGUAUUGUAGCGCAGAAACGACUGGCUCGUUUUCGUCCGGAUGAAAGACCUGUUAUAGAGGGGACAUUUGACAGGCUUCAUGGAACUGGCUCCUCUGCUUCAUCUGGAAAAACGGGAAAGGUUUUAUCCCUAGACUUGUUGAAGAUGACAAUGGGAAAGAUGGCUUCAGAAUCAAUGAUAAAGAGAGUAUUCCAUGGCAUACACAGCAUUGACCCAGAAGUACCACUGCCCCCUGGUGAUGGGGUAAGUCGCGAGCAGUUGGUUAUUUUCCUGGCUGAUAUUCUUAGAGGAACUGCAGAGGAACGUGCACCUUUGGUCUUGGCAAUGGCAGAGGGAGCACAGGCUACUGCUACCACACCUGAGCAGAUCAGAGGUUUUGUGGAAGAUCUGGUUUCAGCUGCAGUGCAGACUCUAGCCCACAGGGGGCAUCUGCGAGGUUGGCAACCAGAUCGCAUGGCUGAUGGCCAUCAAGGAGUUAAACAGCUGGCAGAACAUUUGACCUCUGAAUUAAAAGCUUCAGAUCAGAAUACGUGUGACAUUCCGUGUCUGGAAGACUGGCUUUUCCGGAUCCCAGCAAUGGCCAUGUUUUUGGAGCUCCUGAUUGGUGAGGGGCUAGGAGUUGGGUUACCCUCUCGUCCUCCCCCAACUCUGUUGCCCCCGUGUCGGUACGCUCCCUGGAGUGACCUCCGAUGUCUCUUGAAUCUACCUCUUCUGAUGUUCCUGUCCCCUCAGCUGCCUGCGGGACACAGCGCCCCCUGGAGGUUGUUAUUCUCCACAAACAUACACGGGGAAAGCUUCACCCGAUUGGUGGCCAACUGCAAAAGUCGGGGUCCCACUGUCAUGUUGGUAAAAGACACUAAAGGCCAUAUCUUUGGGGGCUUUGCGUCUCAAAGCUGGGAGGUCAAACCUCAGUUCCAGGGCGAUUCCAGGUGCUUCCUCUUCUCUGUUUCUCCCUACAUGCGAGUGUUCACCUGCACAGGCUAUAACAAUCAUUACAUGUACUUGAACCAGGGCCAGCAGACCAUGCCAAAUGGCUUGGGUAUGGGUGGUCAGCAUGGCUAUUUCGGCUUGUGGUUGGACUUCGAUUUUGGACGCGGCCACAGUAGAGCUCGACCACGGUGCACCACAUAUGGCAGUCCUCAGCUCUCAGGAGAUGAGGACUUCAAACUGGACACUGUGGAGGUGUGGGGUGUUGGGCAGCCACCUGAAGAACAGGAACAGGAUGAGAAGAAGAAAAGCAUCCUAGAUGCAGAUCUUGAAGUACAGGCCAUGAUGGAAAUGACAGGGAAGACCCUGCACAGCCAAGGUCUCCGAGAACCUGAGGAGGAUGAGGGAUAGUGAGGAAGAGAAAAAGAUGAAGACAACGUGGAGAUCAAACCAGCAGUGUUUAUUUUUUAGUGUUCGGUUUGGUUUGUGUUUUUACACUAAUAUAAAUGAGGAAGAAACUGCACUGUCAUGAACCACUUAUUAAGGUGUUUUUACACUGUAGCUUUAAUGUGGAUAUGCAAAAUCAAGGAACGGGUUUCCUGCUUUCUGUGAAGUAUUAAAAUGUGCACACAAAGACUUUCUGACAUUCUGUAUGAAAACUGUGUGACUGAAUUCUACAUUUCUCAUCAAAUAUCUGGACGAUAUAUGGUUGCAUUUUGUCUUGACUGAUAAAUUUAGUGUCUGUAAACUGAAAUAUGCAUUCAUUAAAGGGAUAGUUUGCCCAAAAAUUAAAAUUCUGUCAUUUCAACCUCCAUUGACUACCAUAGUAUUUUUUUUUUCCUACUAUGGUAGUCAAUGGGGGGCGAGAUCUGCUUGGUUACAAACAUUCUUCCAAAUAUCUUCCUUUGUGUACAUCAGAACAAAGAAAUUUUUAUAGGUUUGGAACAACAUGAGGGUGAGUAAAUGAUGACAGAAUUUUCAUUUUUGUGUGAACUAUCCCUUUAAAUGGAAAAUUUAACAUAUUUCUUAUUCGUUUGAUCCCAGAAAGCACCUGCCAAACUCAUAAAUAUAAUUCUCAGAAUUAAAAUGUAAAAGAGAGGUAUAGCUCGUUUCUCUGUAAUGUAAUAAAAUUAUGACAUUUCCACAAUAAUUUGGAAUUUCUGUUUGAUUUUUCAUUACUCACAUGUCAAUUCAGAGUGGUUGGAUCCAGUGUAACAAACAUUAAACUAUAAACUGUAACUUUGAUAGAUGCUGUAGCAGGCCUACUUGAGUUCCCAGCAUGCAUCACUGUAUUAAUAAAAUAUGCAGAUUACUGUA